UCUUCCGGAAGCUUUGUCCUCCAAUGAGUAUACGAUUCACAUUUUGGCGCCAAAAUUGCCGGUGAAGUGCCGCCCAAUAAACAGUGUGUGAGUGACCGGGAUGAACCCAAACGAAAGCUCCCUGUUGGAAACAAGAGAGUGAGAGCAAACGCGGAGUCGCGUUGUCGUUGUCAUGGCACACCAUGUGCCACUCUAGUGACUACCUCGUGCACUCGAACGUACACUAAUGCAAUAUUUUGCGCGCGCGUUGGUUUUGCCGUUGUGUCGGUGGGUCAUUUGACUCACGAGUGCAUUUUCCCUGGCUGCAAGAACCUAGUUUGCUCUUGAAGGGCAUUAAUACAGUGUAAAUUAAAUUUCACGUGAAAAAAAAGAAUAAUUAUUCAAAGAACAAUUGAAUAUGGUUGUUACACUGAUGUGAAAUGGAAAGACCGAAAUAGAAAAAUAUGUCCCACUACGAAUCGGUCAAAUCGAAUUCAGUGUGUAAGUGCAUCGCCUCAACCACCCCCUUUCUGAUGCGCGAGUAAAUACAUAGUCAUGCAACCCAUAGCCUUAACGGAGCUAGAAGCUAGAGUAAAACAUUUUCAGUUGCAUUUCCAGUUGCACCGCGACCGUGAGCAAAACCGAUCCUAGUUUCUUCGGUCUAGUAGAUCAGCGUUUUUGUUAAAUAUAUGUACUUCCUACCAGCAACAGACCGCCAGAGAUUUAUCCCCGUUGUUACUUUGUGAUAAGUGAAACUAGAAAGCAAUACUCCAUGGAUUAGGUGUUGACAGUUUGUGCCUCAAUUAAUUGAAAAGAAAACAGAUUUCCCAACAAGAAGAAAUUAAACCAUACAAUGCAACGCCCAACUGAUUGAAUCCGAAAGCUGUGAAUCGAUACCAGGAAGUGCGGCGAAGUUUUUCCUCAACGAGCAUAAGAAGAAGAAAUGUGUGCGACAGCGUUUUGAGCAACGCCAUGAAGAAAGUCGCUGACAUUAGUGCAUUUCCGGAAAAUGCCGACGAAGAUUUUUCCCACGAACAGCAAGGCAGUGUGGAAAAUGUGCUGAAGCUGGUCAAGAAUGGCACCCAGCUCUCGGUGGCCAACAUCGAGUGCUCUCCGGGUAGCCAGCAAGGUGAUAACUACAUGUCGAUCAUCAAGCGCAUUCAGGUGCGCGGCAAACGGAGAAUGUGCAACGGGAAAAGCAAAGUUUUCAACAUUUCCCUAAUCUUCAAGCGGCAAAUUGUGAAUCUCCAGCGGCGAAAGCUGUUCCGGGCGGACGAAGCCUUUGCCAACGAAAUCAACGCCUAUGGGCAGCUGGUGCCGGUGAUGAGGCGAUUUUCCCAGGAUCAGCUACCAUUUCCGGUGUGCCACUAUGCCGGCAAGGACACCGAAGGGGACCUGAUUGUGAUGGAGGAUCUCACCUGCAGCGGGUUCUACAUGGUCGACCGCAGGCGGAAUCUGAGCUACCGGCAGUGCCGGACUGUUCUGGAGGAGCUUGCCAACUUUCACGCCGUUUCGCUAGCGAUGAAACUAGUCAAACCAGUCCAAUUCCACACCAUGAAGGAAAAGGUUACCGAAAUUGUAUACAACGACGCUGCAGCCGAAUUCUACACCCACUCGCUGGAAACUUCACUACGCGGAACGCUGGACAGUCUACACUACAGCAAUACGGAUGGCAGCCUCGAUGCCCCCAUCAAAGCAAUAGAAAAACUCAGCGGCCGACUGUACCAGAUAAUGUACUCGGCAGUACGUAACAGUCAUGAGCCGUGGAAAGUUUUGUGCCACGGUGACACCUGGGUCAAUAACCUCAUGUUCAACGAAGGCCACGAUCAGGUUAAACUGAUUGACCUGCAAACCAUGCGAUACACUUCUCCCGUUAUUGAUAUUCUACAUCUUCUCUACACUAGCACCGGUGUAGAGAUAAGGAACGCUUACGGAGAUGAACUCAUCCGCAACUACCAGCAAGCGCUAGUCACAGCUUUGCGAAUAUACGUACCUGCCAGCAAAAGCUUCGUCCUUCCGGCACUGGAGGCCACCUUCAGCUACGAGAACAUCCAAGCCGAGUACGACGAUCGAAUUUUGUACGGAUUGGGCAUUGCCAUGUGGCUCCUGCCAGCCGUUACCUUCCAUCCGGAUCACAUUCCCGACCUGGACCAGGUCACCAUGAACGAUUUCAAGACCAAAAAUCAUGAAAAAACCAUCGCACAGAUGCUGUCGACCGAUUACCACACUCGCAUGAAGGACACCGUUUUGGAGUUCUACCGGAAGGGCUUUCUGGAUAAUGUUUAAGUAGUAGGGGUAGCUCAGAGGGAAGAUUUUUUAACAUUUUAGUAUUAAUAGUCGAAAUAGCCACGCUCGAAUGCCAUUCCAUUUAUUUCGAUUUUAAAACAGGGUCAUAUAUAUUUUAGUUUUAACAAGAUUUUUUGCCAAUACUGCAGUACACAAACUAGCUAGUCAAAUCAGAUAUUGGAACCACCCUAGAAUAAUUAACUUAAUAUUGACUUCACAUACAAGGAAAUAGCUUUCAAACGUUAACCAAAUGUUGCAAUAGACUAAAUGUGAAUAUUUAUCUAAAUAAAACGAUAUUUUACCGGAUUUAACAGUUGAACUAGAAUGCAUCUUUCGCAAUACACAUUUCGCCAUUGAAAUAUACUAAAUAUAGCAACGUUAACUAUUUCAGCACAAGCUGGUGUUAUCAGCUUACAAUAUUGCAUAACGCGAAAUAAAACAAACAAAAUAACACAACGUUAGUUUUACAAUACGUAACAGGAACGAGAUUGGCGCCUGAUGUUUGUCGAAAGGUGCAUUAAACAACCGUUGAUAGAGUAAUCUCUGCGGAAGCAUCGCUGGGUAAAUAGAGAAGCUUAUAAAAUAAACCAAUAAAAACUGCA